AUGGGGAAAACAGCAGCAGAGUGUGAGGGAGCUGGAAAGUGGAAAGGAGCAAAGCUUCGAACAUAAUCAUUGCAAGCCACGGCAUAUAAUCAAUUUGAUCUAACGUAUUGUAUCGGAGAAUCAUCCUAGUUGGCACAUGGCCACGACUGCAAACGGCGGAGGAAGAAGAGGUAGCAGCGGCGGCGUCGGAGACGAGCCGCUGGAAAAGAUGACCGAGAUAAGCAAAACCCUAAAAGAAGGGGAAAGGAUUCUGGCGCCAACCCGAAGGCCCGACGGUUCUCUACGAAAACCCAUUCGGAUUCGUGCAGGUUACGUGCCUCAAGAUGAAGUGGCCAUCUACCAGUCUAAAGGUGCCUUGUGGAAGAAGGAGAUGGAAUCACAGCAGUCAGUACCUCCGGGUUAUGAUCCCGUAGAUGCAAAGCCAAAGUCCAAGGCAGCCAAGAGGAAUGAAAGAAAGAAGGAAAAGCGACUUCAGCAGGCUGCUCUUGAGAAAGGCAAGAACUCGGAAGGAGUGUCAGAUGUGGAUGUCGAAAAUGAAGAAUCGCAGUCUACUGAAGAUUUAGGGCAUACAUCCAAAUCUGUUGAAGCAUUGACAUCUCAGAUGAAAGCGAUGGCUGUUUCAACAAAUUCUAUUGGAGUAACUCCUCCAGUAGACUCGUCGGAAGCUUCAUGUCCCGAGCCUGCCAUCCAGGAUAUUGAUAAAAGAAUCCGGGCUCUAAAAAAGAAGAUUCGGUUGGCAGAAGCUCAGCAGCAGAAGAACGCUGCAGAGAACGCGAAACCAGAACAGCUGGAGAAGUUCACGAAGCUGGAAGGCUGGCGCGAGGAGCUCAAGCUCUUGGAAUCUACAAGGGCAGAGCAGGUAUCAUCCUGAUUGCAGGCCUGCCUUCUUUUUUCUACCUUUGUCCGAACAGCAGUGUAGUUCAUCGAAUUCUUGUCUCUCGUGCUGAUUGUCGAAACCAUUGAACUCUUGAGACGCUAUAUCCAGACAGUCUUUUAGCCCACAGGAUCUAUCUUCUGUCCAGUGCCCAGUACAGUUAUCGCUUAAGAUCAGUCUAGAAAUGAGAUUUAGGUAAACGAACUUGUAUAUUGCCACUGUUUUGUGUGUCUUGUUUGGUUCUACUCUACACUGUGAUGGCGAUCUUCUUGAGGCCUUGUUGUCAAAUUGGUCACGGAAGUUUCAAUGAUGUUACGAAAUAGUCACCGAAUUUCGAUUUGGUAACAAAAGCUGAUUGCUUUGGUAACACAAUGGGUUACUUGUUGAGCGCUCAAUCAAAU